AUGAUCAAUACCAGAUUUCGAGUUAACGCAAAUCCCGUUAUCCAUCGGCGUCGACAUCGUAAGAUAAGGAGGUCAUCAGGUAUCAACGCGGAAAACAAAGAACAAGAUGGUGAAAACGAAUUUUGUACCAUAAAUCCAAUUUCAAAUAGUACGUAUGAAAAUUCAACGCCAUCAUUCGUUCCACUUUCCGCAUCGAUUCAAUCUGCGCCUCCUUCACCCCCACAUUUUAAAACCCCGUCAAGGAUAGUCCCUACAAAUUACGGAAGUGAGAUCAAGUUGAAAUUAAUGACCACAGAGGACAAAGUUUUACGAUCAUCAAACAUAAGAGAACGAUACAUGAAAUAUCGACCAACGAUAAGUUCAAGACUUAAUCCUGUUCGUCGAUGUGAACUUGGUCUUCGAAGUUCGGUCGGGGUGCUCUCACCUCGUUAUCUUUCAGAUGUAAAGAUGGAUACCGGAUAUAACGAAGAUCAAAUGAAGAGGAUUAUAUGUGCUGCGGGAAAACGCAAUGAACGUGUGAAUAUACGAGAUAAUAAACGAAACGGUGUAGUUUGA